GGGUAGGGAGAACAAUAACAUUUCCCUAACAAAUUUUGGCGGUUUUUUUUAGUAUAAGAAGAAUUUGCUUUAUAUUUUAUUAUGGAUAAUAGUAGCUUACAAAACGAUCUCAGAAGUUGCUUUGAAUUGUAUGGCAGUCUCAAGGAGCAAGUAUUGGAAAAAUGUGAACAAAUGUGCAACUUGUAUAACUUAACAGCAGAAGAUUUGGCAAACGAAUGGGGAGCUUAUAGUGCGUCUAACCUCGCGAGUGCUGUGCCUACCCUGGCCGCACUCGAAGGUAUGGAACGAAAGGAGUUUGCAAAGCGAAGUGAGGAAUUCGCAUCGAUAAAACCAAGCGUACAAACUCCCACAUCUACAAAAUCCCAGAGUCGCUUAGAUGAAAGCAUUCAGAAUUCCCCAUCAGUCGGCAUUUAUAGUACUCCAAAAAGAAGCAAUGCAAAGAGGUUACGAAGUCCAGAACGGAACAGUUUGCUCAAAGAAGACUUACAUUUGUCCAAUCAAAUAGCGUCGAGCCCAGUUUUACAUUCAGAAACCUAUGACUUUUCCCAACGGACUAACUCUGGCAAAGUGGAGGUAUCAUAUGGUAUACAGACACUUUUAAUGAACGCCACCUUUAAACGAAAGCCUGCUGACAGCAGUAAUGAUGUACAAAUUAAGAUAUACUCAAAUGGAGAGACAGAAGCGAUCUCACCAGAUGUACUUUACAUGUUUAAUGUGAGUCAUUCAAAGGCUUCAUGCUUAAGUUUAAAGGUGGACUGCAUUGGAAAAUAUCUACUUCGGAAAUUUUCCCUUGGAGAACCACACUCAUAUGGGAAAGCAUCAGGUUUGAUUACCACAUAUGGGCAAAUUUGUUCAGAUUUUGUGGACAAGUUAGACCCGUCUGCAAUAUUACUGGAAGGUUCUCAUGAACUGACUCAUGGAAACAGUGUGCAGCUGAACCUUAGCAAACUUUCCAACUACGCAGUUUUUCCUGGUCAAGUUGUUGCUGUUCAGGGUUUUAAUCCUCAUGGCAACAGCUUCAUAGCACAGAAACUUUUUACAGAUGCGUCUGGUAGUGGUGCAACUCAAAGUAUUAUACCCACAUUUACAGGGUCCCUUCAUAUAGUGGUUGCUGUAGGGCCUUUCACUGUUUCUAGUAAUUUAUCCUACGCACCAUUACAAGAAUUAGUAAAGUAUGUCACGAAUCACAUUCCUCACGUUUUGAUUUUGAUUGGGCCAUUCGUGGAUGCUUCGCAAGAUAAUGUAGCGGACAUAACAAUGAUGGAGCUAUACGAUACAUUCUUUGAAGCAUUAAUACAAAAUGUUAUGUCACCAUUAGAAGGGUUAAACAUUAAGGUUGUGUUAGUGCCUUCGGCGAAAGAUGCCCAUCAUCAUGUGGUUUUCCCGACGCCGCCUUACAAACUUCGCAAGACAUACCCCAACCUUCAGUGUGUAGGUGAUCCUAGUAUACUGAAUAUAGAAGGCUUAACUUUGGGAGCGACGUCUACCGAUGUACUACUUCAUCUGAGCAAGCAGGAGUGUUCAUAUGGAACGCAGGGAGGUGAUCGUAUCAGUCGCUUAGCUUCACAUCUUUUAUGCCAACAAAGUUUUUAUCCUUUGUAUCCUCCAAAUGAAGACGUUUUUAUUGAUUAUGAGUUACUGGAACAACACGCUGGAAUCAAUUUUAUUCCCAAUAUACUGAUUGUGCCAUCAAGCCUUCGCUAUUUCAGUAAAUACAUCAAUGGAUGUGUGGUGAUCAAUCCCGAAAGAAUCACAAAAGGUUAUGUUGGAGGGACGUUUUGCAGAAUGGAAGUAGCCCCACAAGUGUCAUCUGGUAGUCUAUCGGAUAGUGUUGUUGCUCAAAUUAUACGCAUUUAG